UAGGGUCCGUUCAGUGUCGUUGACGGCAGCGCUGUGUAACGUUCGCGGCAUUCGAGAGUGCUGUGCAGCACCUGUACACACCAUUCACCGCCGAGCAGUGGCAUGUAAACAUUAAAAAAUUCGAACUGACCGCGGGCCACACUUCGUGAUACUUACCAGUUAUCGAACGUUUGCGUAAAGUGUGUAUCGGGGUUACUCAAUCGCAGUGGAUUUGUUUUUUGUUUUUUUUUUUGGAUGUGUUUGGUUCAUGUGCGGAUCGCUGUGUGGGAAAUAUGAAACAGUGACUUAAUCGGUUCGCAGGAAGAUUUUACGACGGGAUCAUGUAAAAUUCACAACCAACAUCAAAUCUGUUAAUCGGGCGUAAUGUGCCUGGGUUGCGGAAGGUUGUGGACGGCCCUGCAAGUAUUAUGGAGUACCCUCUACGUAACAUGCGGUGCGGCCCAAUUGAUGGCCGGCAUCUUCUUCACGAUAUCCGUUCCUGAACUUCAUCUCUACAGCAUAUUAUUCGCUGGAUCAUGGAAUAUUAUAAUCGGCAUAGGUGGAGGGAUGGUAGCCUGCAUCAGCGCCCUCUCUUCUAAACGACAAGAAAUUUUGCUCUACUUGGCCAUCUCGAUUUUGGCUGUCAACUCCGUGGACAUUAUUCUCACUGAAUACUGGUUCUACGUAGCUGACAUGCCGAAAAUACUCAAAAACUACAACAACCACAUGCUCAUCGAAUACGCCUGCUUUGUGUCGAGGAUAGCGACGGCGAUAGUGCUGGUGGUCUCCUUCCUAGACAGUCAGUUGACUUUCUGCUCGAUGCAGGCCGUUACCAAGCCGCGGAAGAAAAAGUUGCGCGGCUCCCACGAACAGGUCUCCGAUAUCGAAUACAUCAUUCCAAGGCCGAAGAGCUCGAAGCCGCACACGCACACCGGAAUCAACGCGUACGCGCAAAGUUGGGUUUUCGAUGCGGAAAACGCGGGUUGUUCCAACAGCGGCGCCGUGGAAACCUCCUACUUCAAGGUCCUGCAGAAUGGCACGCCUAAGAAGCCCAGGAGGAAGUCCAACGGAUUCCAGGUUGGACUACAAAAUGGAAUGGUGAAGGAGUCUGGCCACAUCAUAGACAACCCGGUGGUCCACGUGGAGGAAGCGUCCGACGACAGCACAAGCAACAGUGACAGGAAAUUAUGCUACAUGAAGAGUUUCUCUCGCUCGCAGUCGCCAGUAAUACUAUCGGCUAGUUCAUCCCAAAUAAGUCUCAAUUUAAACCAGCCCCUGAACCCUCCUAUAUACGAGUGUCUAGAAAAACUAACGGAACCAGCCAUUUACCGCUCCAGACUUAACACUGCUCUAAGCAACAGGGAAGAGGAGGAUCAGCAUUACCAAGCCCCGCAGACGGUGAUCAUGCGACGGCUCGAAUCGACCAGCCCGCAUGCAGAAAAAGUACAGUACGCGUCUUUAAUGAAGGAGCUACAAAGAGCUAUAGUAAGUAAGAAGGAGCCGCAGAGCGUCACGUCCCCGCAGAGCCACAACAGCGAAAGCGCCACCACGUCGGAUAAAACCCAAACGUCGAAGAGCAGUAGUAGGUCGGAAGGCAAGAGUAGCGACGCAGAUUUCUCAAAGGAACUAGAAGCAGCUUUACAGUUAAUUCAAGAUUUAGAGAGUCCGAACACAAUCGAGACGCCGUCCGAGACCAAAUCGCCUCUGGACGGGCAGUCUAGGCCGCUAGCGGUGUGGAGGAAUAGUGACGCUAGCGAAAGCAGCGAAAAGACUCUUAGCGCUGUUGGGUCCCUAGCAGAAAUCACCUCACCCUUAACCGAGUGCCAACCAGAAUUAUAUACGUUCAAGCCGUCGUCGAACGGUAAGGGUGCCAGUGUUGUUGUCCACUACCCCGACUCUCAGAGUACAUCGGGUUACAGUUCUCCUACCCACGGGCCCACUCCCAACUGGUCCACGACAUCCUCUAUUAACGGAAGUAACACCGACAUCAAACCCACGUCCUACUCAAUACACAACACAAAAUCCACCACCGUCAUAUCAUUGUAUUCCCCAGAGAACCACACCAAAGGUAAAUCCAUAACCCUAGUCAAAAUAACGGGAGAUAACGACGUUGUAAAUGUAGAUUCCGACCCUCCCAAAAUCCAAAAAGACAUCCCGGAAAUCCACAGUUCCACCUUAAUAUCAGAUUACGAUAAUUCGAAAAGUCCCAAUAACUCCUCCACUGAUACCAAUGUAGGGGAUAGGUUAUCCCCGAUAAAAUCCACUUCGCCGCAGCAGACAAGUUGGAAGCUGAACUCGUUGCUCCGUAAGAAAAAGCAACAGUCGCUGCCUAAGCUAUGCCCCGAGCUAGAGGGGGCCAUAAUUAAAUCGGAAAGUUUAGCGUAUCUGUCUGACAUUGAAUUGCUCGCUAGGCAUCAGCGCAACAAAGAGCUACAAAGGGAAAUAGAGAAAAGAGUGGUGCAAAAGCUGGGAGUACCAAGGACUGAAUCUAGUUGUUAACAAGAAAAGUAGAGAAAACUUAUCCAAAUUUUGCAAAUUUAAACCCCUUCAAUAUUUAUAAACGCUGCAGGCCAGCGAACGUCCAUUUUCCUCGACUUACUUUAUCGAUAAUUUAUAUUUUUUCGAAAGUACAUAUUUGUAUAAUUCUAUUGUGUACAUAUUGUUGUCAUAGUCAUAUAGUUUAUAUUAUAAUUCUAUUGUAAAUAUUUAAGUAAUAAAUUCUUUUUAUAAUGAAAA